GUCCAACCUUCUUUCUCUCUCAUCUUUUCUUUAUAACCCAGCUAUCUACACUCUUCCCACCUCAGGGCCUCCCUCAAAUCACAGCACUUCCCUCUCUUCAACCCCUCUCUCUAUACUUUCCCCCCUCUAAAACUUUUUUGAGGGUACAAUUACGAGAUACAAAACAACAACAAUGGCUUCUCCACCGGACACAAGCAAAACCACCAAGCUAGAACGGUACAACAGCUACGUAAGAAGAGUGAACAGCACAAAGCUCUUAGCAGCUUCUUCAAAGCUUCUCUUCCGAGCCACUCUCUUAAUAGCUCUGAUUUUGAUCUUCUUAUUUACAAUAAACUACCCCCCAUUUUCAGAUAAUCACAAUUCCCACCACCACAACCUCCACAAAACCCACAAUUUCCUUUCCUCCGCCUUCUAUGGCAGCGGCGCAACCUGGGAAAAACAAGUCCGCCGCUCCUCCACCCCUCGCCGUCCCAACGGAUUUUCCGUCCUAGUUACCGGCGCUGCCGGAUUCGUCGGAACCCAUUGUUCUCUCGCCUUAAAAAAACGCGGCGACGGCGUUCUCGGCCUCGAUAACUUCAACUCCUACUACGACCCUUCUCUGAAACGUGCCCGCCAAAAUCUUCUGCAAAAACAUGAGGUUUUCAUUGUAGAAGGAGAUCUAAACGACGCCGAAUUGCUCACGAAACUGUUCGAUGUUGUCCCUUUUACCCACAUUCUUCACUUAGCUGCACAAGCUGGUGUUCGUUACGCAAUUCAAAACCCACAAUCGUAUGUGAAUUCAAACAUUGCUGGGUUCGUAAAUCUACUCGAAGUCGCAAAGAAUUCAGAUCCACAGCCCUCCAUUGUUUGGGCUUCAUCGAGCUCUGUCUAUGGUCUAAACACCAAGGUCCCAUUCUCUGAAUCAGACAGAACAGACCAACCAGCAAGUCUCUACGCUGCGACGAAGAAAGCCGGUGAAGAAAUAGCUCACACUUAUAAUCACAUCUAUGGCCUCUCUCUCACUGCCCUUCGGUUCUUCACAGUGUACGGACCAUGGGGAAGACCAGACAUGGCGUAUUUCUUCUUCACCAAGGACAUACUUCAGAACAAACCCAUAAAUAUUUAUCAAACACAGGACGAUAAAGAGGUGGCGCGUGACUUCACGUACAUUGACGACGUCGUUAAAGGGUGUCUCGGAGCUAUUGACACGGCGGAGAAGAGCACCGGCAGUGGUGGCCGGAAAAAAGCUCCGGCGCAACUGAGAGUGUACAAUUUGGGGAACACUUCGCCGGUGUCGGUGGGGAAGCUAGUGGGUAUACUGGAAAACUUGCUGAGUGUGAAGGCGAAGAAGCAUGUGAUUAGGAUGCCACGAAACGGCGACGUUCCGUUCACUCAUGCAAACGUGAGCCAGGCGUACAGGGACUUCGGGUACAAGCCCACCACCGACUUGGCUACAGGGUUGAGAAAGUUUGUCAGAUGGUACGUUAGUUAUUAUGGUAUUCAAUCAAGGGUAAAACAGGAAAUUCACAAUGGCAAGCCUGCUGAUUCUGCAUAAUAAUCAUCAUCACAUGAGUAUUUUUAUUUUUAUUUUUACUUUUUUGGAUUUUUCCCACUUAAAUUCUGUUUUUAAUUUUUUUUUCUAAUUAUUGUUGAUGUAUUAAGAUAAAAUUAAUAUUCGUAUUGUAUACAAAAAUCAUAAAAUGAGGUAGAGAGAGAGAGAGAGAGAGAG